UGUGUGAUAGUAACAAUUGAGAUUUGAGAAUUGAAAAAUCUGAAUUUAUAUUUAUUGAAUACUUAAAAAUUAUUUCCUAUUUAUUCAAACAGCAAGAGACGUUUGUAGAACAUUUUUGUACCUUGUAUAUUUAAAUUUUUAAAGAUGAAUACAGUGUAUUAUAAUCCUGAGAAUUUACCUAUUGAGAAUGUUACGAUUUCAACUGCAAACGAUGGUGUGGUUCAGAUAAUAAAAGCUUUGGACCCAUAUUGGGUUGAGAAAAAGAAUCUAAUACUAUAUGAGAAGCCACCUACAAGCAGUGGUAUGAUUAUAGGAGCACUGGACUCAUGGAGAUCAAAAAUGUCACUGUAUCUAGAGAACUUAAAAUGGCUGCUAAGUUUAGAACACCACAGAUUUUGGAGCACAGUUCUUUAUCACCCUCAGUGUAUGGAUUCUCUUAUUUCAUUCCUGCAAGAAUCCUCUCCACCAUACAUUCCACCACAUGAAGCUAAAGAAAUUCAAAACUUAUAUGAAGAAAUCAGAAGGCUAGUUUUUGUUGCAUUUAGUAGACUGAUUACGAAUAAGGAGAGUAAGACACAAUGGAUGACUAAGGAACAUAUGGCAAGUUUAAUAUAUGAAAAUUUUAUAUUUACAAUACCGGUAUUAUGGGAUAUAUGUUUAACAUAUGGUGUAGACAAUAGCCGACAUGUCUCAAGACUGGUAGAGGCUGUGUAUACACUGCAGCCUAGGUAUGAAGGGGAUACUGCACAGGCACUAGUUUUUGUACAUGAGGCCUUCAAAUAUAUAAUUUUACAAGUAAAUAAAGACUAUGAUUGUGAGGAUCCACCAAAUUUACCUGAAACAUUUAAAGGUUUUGGAGAAAUCAGGCGACCUACAAAUUCCAAAGGACAAGAGAAGCUCACAUUUGACACACUUCGGGAUCUGGUUGUCCAUAUGCUUGAUUCUGCCAUGACCUUGAAAAUAUAUGUAGAAGUUUAUUCAAAGGGUGUCCAUAUAUUAAAGAGUACAAAUUUUAUUUUAAGUAUAGUUCAAGUGUACGAGUAUGGAAUACCACAUUUAUAUGAGAAGUUAGAGGAAGUUGGUGACCCCACACGUGUUAGUUAUACAGAGGUCGAAGAGUUCAUUGACCUCACCAGAUCAGAACUCAUUGAUGUAUUCAGAGAAGUGCUGGCUGUGUACAAGAAUGCUAUUUUCAGCGGAGAAGGCAAUAUAACAAACAAUGUUGAAUGCUAUCUGUCUGUCAUGAUGGAUGCGCUGUCUGAACGACUUCUAAUAAAAGACUACCAUUUGUGCCACCCGGUACAUGAAGAUAUUGAUAUGCUGCGACAAGCUUAUCCUGCUAUUGAUCCAGUAAAAACAGAUUUUAUAUUACAAGCUAUAUACUCCAAUCUAGAUGAAGAAAUACCGGAAUGCACCCAAAGACAAAGUGAGCAUAGAGAAAUAAACGGCAAUCUUGAAACCUUAGAUAUACCCUCAUCUUCCAAAGACAUCGACAUACCAGAUAAUGUCAGAGAGCAAUCUUUAAUCAGUGAGGUUAAGGAUAUAUUGCCGCAUCUUGGAGAUGGAUUUGUUUUGAAAUGUCUGGAAUAUUACGAAUUUCAGGUUGAUAGGGUUGUAAAUAGUGUUUUGGAGGAUACGUUGGCAGAACCAUUAAGAAAAUUGGACAAAGACCUACCAAUAAUCCCAGAAGACCCAGUAGACAGAAAGUUCCUAGAAACCGGAGUGGAAAGACUUAACGUGUUUGAUGGUGACCAGUUUGAUAUAAUGACCCGUGAUGAUGUGGACCUGAGCAAGAUUCAUAUUGGGAAGAGGAAAUCGAAAUACAAAGACCUUAAGGAUAUGUUAAAUGACAAGACUGACGUAAAGACCAGGGUUGAUAUAUAUAGCAAAUAUAAUCUGGUGUGUGACGAAGAAGCACUUUACUCCGAUGAGUAUGACGACACAUAUGACUCAGAUGGCAUAGCCCCGACUAAAGAUAUGGCAGAUGACCCCAGGAGACCAUUUGUGACCCCACGUGCUUUGCUGAACACGAAAAAGGAUGUUGAGGAAUCCGACGAAUCGGAGAGUGAAGACGAGAAACCAAGUCAGGAGAAGAGUGAUAGAAGAGAUUUCUGUGUCAAUCCGGAAGAGAUGAGAGCUAGAAGAGAGGCUAACAAUGCUAGAGGAAGGAGAAAACCCGCGCCUGCCAGAAACAUUGACGUCGCGGGCGCUCCUAAAGGCCAAGGGCAGACGAAAGAUGUCCUCAACAAUAGAGAUCGGAAAGAAAAGCACAAAUCUUCGAGAGCCAAUCAUAAUAGGCGACAGGGAGCGCAAUGGAAACGGAGUCAGGGCAUGAUGCCAUCAUAGUGUUUAACCGUAAAAAAAACCCGCAAAAAAACCGCUAGAUGAAAACAAAAACUCAUAUCCUAACACUUUAUUCUCUAUAUAAAGUAAUAACUCCGGUUCCUAUAGGAAAUCGCGUUGUAGGCUUAUUCUCGUAAAAGCAUUUUUUAUAACACGAUUAAAACAAGUGCAAAGGUACGGAAACUAAUUAUACAUUUCUCACUAGAAAUAUAACUUGAGAAAUCUCCGCGUUAUAUGAAAACGUGUAGUAUUGCUUUUCGUGUGUAUUGCCUGACACAGGUCUAUUUAUAACUUACAAUUGUUAUUUUAUGAAGUUUUUUCUUAAAUAAAUUCGCUUUCUCCAGUUAUUCCCUAACUUAAUAAUAUUGUACUCCAUAUAUUACGUAGUCUUCAUUGGUAUUAAAUAGCGGUUAAAACCCGCAGGUAUUGUGAUUUGUAGCGGUCUCUCCUUGUAACACUAUUACGUGAAGAUUUUCCUAAUUAUUCAUUAUAUAUUUAUGUAUCUAAUCAUGGUUCAGAAUUAACCAUAUUCUAAACCAAUACAUUUUUGACACAUUUAGCCCUAAUUGUUUUUUAAAUAGGUCCAGGCUUUUCUUUUAGUUUUUUAACAUACUACAGUGUGAAUUAUAAAAUUUUAAAGUUUUGUUUUGUUUAAUCGAUAUAUUUAUUAAAAGACCGGAAAUGCACUUGGGAUUCUUAUGAAAAUGUAUGUCUAUGGGCGGCGGUAUAACUUAACAUCAGAAGAGCCUUCUGCCCUGUUAAAAAAAUCUAUUUUAUAAAUGUUAAAUGCGCUCAUCUUUGUGACUGGUUUAAAUUAUUUUGAUGAUGUUAUCGAAUAAAUAGCUAAUAUUCCCAGCUAAAGUUGAGUAAACAGCAUAGCGAAAAAAAUUCUUACAAAGUAACGUUUCUUGCCAAUAGAGUUCGAGGCGUCGUAACCAAAUCAUAAUCGGCCUUAUUGACAGUAGGACAGUAAACACUGUCAGAAAACAAUUUGACAGAAAGAGACGAUAGAAUACUGUAGUUCAAUUAGACCAUUUUAACAGAUGACAUCUGACACUUGACGUAGUAAUGGCGGAGGUAGUUUUUAUUAGAAUUACACAAUUUUUUAGCUGUUUCAAUUCUGAUCAUUUAAAUAAAGCAUUCUUAUUAGAUAAUUGUGUGAAUUCAACGUCAUUACAAUUGAGCGUCAGUGCUUACGAAGCUAAAACUGACAGGUGUCAAGUGUAUUCUAUCAGAUUCCGUAUAUCAUUUACCGUGUUUGUAAAGCUCAAUCCAGGUCAUUAAACUAAAGAGACCUUUAAGGCUUUCUACCAGACCAUAAAGCACAUAGUCUGUAAUCUAUUAUUUAUGACUGACACUUUCAGUGUUAUUCACACUGCCAAAUGAGAAUUUAAAAUUUUGUAUUUUUUUAAAUUCACUUGUCAAGGAAAUAUUGCAUUAGACACAGAAAUAUAUCUGCAAUCUGUGCCGGGAGAAUAUAUUUUUGUCAUUGAUACAUUAUAUCCGUGUAGUGUAAUAAAUUAUAUAUUUAUAUUUAGUGUUUAAUUUUGCCAGUCAUUAUUUCAUACCACACCCAGUUGUUACCCUGUAAAUCCAAAAAUCACUCUCUGUAUCAUGAAAUACCGGGGAAAAACCCCCGUAAUAGCGACCAUAAUAAUAACAUAACGCAUAAGCGAAAAAUUACACAAACCGAACACAAGCGACGGCC